AUGCGGUUAUUAACGUCCACCUCAAACUGCAAGCCACUGACGUCCGUACUGAGUUGUAUAACUAAACCUGUGUGUCCUCACGUGUAUCAGCACAACCAGUGCCUCUGGUGCCUCAGUCAUGCGCAACCAUGGUCGUUUCGACUUGCAGGAGCUUCGUUCGAUCGCACUGUAUACACUAUUGUCCUUAUCGCCGGACUGGUUAUUACAAUGAACAUGUGUUGUACUUGCGUAGUUACAGCUACACAAUCGCAACCGCUUGGGCAUAGAAAUUCCCGUUCAUUAAAGUAUCUUGGCGAGCAGAGUUUGCGGCUGGGAAAUGUACUCACUCCGCUUUAUGAUGCAAUCGAGUUUCCCGUGGUGCAUGAAAGAAAUGAACCUGAGCUAAACUUGCAGUACUUUGUCCAACCCAACCGAUCAUUCUGGCUCACGAUCACUCCUUGCACCAACCCACUGGACCGUAUUCAAAUAAUCAAAAGCCACGCUUUCAACAGGCGUUGGAUUACGAGUCGGUUUCAUGGUCUUCCGCUCUCAUCUAACACAGCAGCGACGACAAAGUUACGAUACGGAUUUGAGGUGGACCCUGCACCUGGAGUAAAGAAUCCAUCGAAUUACACCGUAUCGUCGGAUAAUGCACAAAUCAAAGGAGUUCAGUUAUCCCGCGUGCACUACUCUAACUCGCGAUUCCCAAACGAUACACUUAAUCUGCGUUUGUAUGGCAAGCCUGGGAACGCCUACGCUGUCCGGUUUAGCACACGACAAAGUCCCAAAAGCGCAGUAGACGGAUACCCCAUUGUGCCCGAGGAUUCAGGGAUUUUUGCAUGUCUGUCUCCAGGAAAGCAUGACAUUUUGAACGUUCAAUGGAAUGCGGACUCAUCAACCAUAGGCAAAAUCAAAUAUUGCGUGGCUAUCAAUGCGCAAGUGAAUCUGUACUAUCGAUGCACUGCUUUGGCCAGAUUAGGCCAAGUACCUUUGCCGUCUAAUGGUCAAGAUGAGCGACCGAAAGUGUUCAAAUAUACGGACCAUCUAAGGCCUCCGUCUAUCCAAUCAGCAGUGUACCAAUGCACGUGGAAAUCACCAAUAAAGAUCAGGUUGCCAGUGUCACUUUCUCGCCUAAUUCCACAACUUGGUCAAAAGAAUUCCAAAAGACUAUACGUCAAUGUGUAUGCAAUCAACACACGAGUGGACUUGAGUUCGGCAUACGAGGUCCACAUUUUGGAUAAACCAGUGCCGCUUUGCACCGAAUCAAAGGGCGUUGUGGAAUAUGAUGUGACCGAAUACAAACAUACCUUGUACCCUGUGCUCUGGAAUGUGGAGCUCAUUUUCAACUGGAGAAGCAACGAGUCGUCUCUACUGCUUUUCUAUCACCCGUGCAUGUUAUCCAUGACUGGAAAGAGCAAUUCUUAUUCCGUCCACGUUUACAAACGGAGCAAUACACGUCAGAACUUUAAGGAUCAAGAGAUCUGCCGGAAAACCGUUCAAGGCAUCCAAGCUUUCCUACUGUGCAGUAAUAUCGGAGGACAAGCUCAGUACCGUAUCCGCGUUGACAGUUCAUCCAGUUUUCAACACGGCGAACAGAUUGCCAGGAUUUCUUUCCAACCGGCGAAUGAAAACUACAACCCCAUACGACCAUUUGGCAUAAGGUUUGAGACCAAGCUGACUCAGAUACUCACAAAACCGACCGGUGUACCUUACGCCAGCGUUGCACAGUUUCCAAGCAAGUCAAAUCGGAACCGAUUCCCGUCCAAAAAUGUGCCCCCGAGGUGGCUUCAGAGACAUCCAUCGCGAUGGCUUACCCGUCCCCGACGUCGGUCCCGUAUAUCAUCUGCCCCUGUGCCAACGAUUGCGAGCAGUGGAAAAUCAAAUGCUUGGAACGAAGGAAUUAAAAUUGGAGUGGACUGUCAAGGACACCAAAUAUACGUCAAUCUCACGGUGUAUCCUCGGUCGCAAGUGUACGCGUUCUACACGGUCCCCAUUUCGACCAGGUUGAUUGCUAAUACGAGAUCGCUCUUCGACAAACUGAACAGCAUCACCAACCACUGUGACUUCCCUCUUGCAGCCUACAUUAAGCUGACGAACGCAAGUGCACGGAAGUUUCAAUGUCACACCAGCUCUGACGAGACGGAAUUGGCUGUGUUCACUCCGGCUCACCAUCAACACGGAUAUCCACGAUAUUACCUGUUGCUGGUAUAUGUGAGUAAUCCACACAUGCACACACACAAGGAGUUACUGGGACAAACACUGAUUGACGCUUGUGAAAUUACUCGUACCAGUUGUUAUCCAAACAUGCCGCAAAAUUGUAUGUCUUUUUACCCAGCGGUGUUGCCCAAAAUGGAUCCCCUUGAAUCGACGGCCAAUUAUCGAUUGAUCCACUCCAAUAAGUCCUCACGAUCCAAUUGUUAUGUGAUCUGAAUCCACAGAGAAUCACACUCAUGUCGCGGACAAGCGCGAGUGUCUCUCAUGCAUUCCUUAUCCGGUGAUGAUGGCCCUAGAAAGCUGGACCAAAUUGUGUACACACAUUUCGGUCGCCUCCAGUCAUCCCAAUUGCAUUUAAAUGUCUUUCCAUCCUUUUUUUGCAUUCACACACAUUGUUUGACUUUUCGCCUCAUCAAAAUACAACCACUGGAAUUCAACACACAUUGCCAUUUUCCAUUCCUACACAAAGAAACUGAUUACCCGAUCCAAUGCACAGAGAAUCAAAGUGCACAAUGACAGAGGGUAGCAUAUUUUUUUGACCCUGGUUCGAAGGAUGCAGCAACGUCAACACCACUUAAAAUAGCUUGACAGAUAACACACGACUUCCCGAUAACAUAUUUUUUCUAUCCAAGCGCCGGGUUGAAUGACAGCAGACCUAUCCAUACAUCCCUACCUGUGAUGUUCUUAUGUAGUCGUCCGAGAUAUAGCAUCCAUUCUGUUCAUUUGUCAACAUUAG